UGCACAGCUUCAGAUUAUCGGAUGUGGAUGAGGAAUCAGGUCUAAUCUCUACCAUCUCGAGAUUCUUCUUUUGUGGGAAAAGGUGCCUGAAGCUUUUCCAUUUGUCCCAAUCCAGAAGAAAUCACUGAAUCUAUCUCACUAUCAUGGGAACACUGCCAAACAGCACCAUAGAGAUGCUUAAGAACCAAAUGCUGCAGACCACUUUGCCUGCCCUCUACUUGUUCAUCUUCACCAUCAGCAUUCCCCUCAAUUCUAUCUCCUUGUGGUUCCUUUGCCGCCACUCAAGGCCUUGGACUCCCACCAUCAUGUUUUCCAUUAACCUGACAAUCACGGACUUGCUGUACAGCAUACUUCUCCCUUUUCAAGUUGUCUACCAUUUACGGGGAAAUGACUGGCCCUUUGGACCGGUUCUGUGCCGCAUCAUAACUGUGCUAUUCUAUGCAAACAUGCACUGUUCCAUUUUAACCAUGACAAGCAUCAGCAUAGAGCGCUACCUGGGAAUUGUUCACCCGCUGAAGCACAGGGCCAUGAGACCCAUUAGAACAGCUCUCCUGACAUGCAUCAUCAUUUGGAUAUUUGUUUUACUGCUGCACUUCCCACUCAUGAAGACAGAGCUAACCUUCCAGGUAGAGGAGCUGCAGAUAACCACUUGUUUUGAUAUAUUGCCCAAAGCUAUGUUUCCUUCAAGAAAUCAUUUCAUCGCUUAUUUUGGCUCUCAAGUUCUUGUGUGCUUUCUCCUACCUUUGCUAAUAAUGGCAUUCUGCUACACCUUAGUCAUUCGAACUCUUCUUAAUUCCCCUCCCACACAACUAAGGGAAAUUAAGAAGCAGACAAUUUUUUUGCUAAUAGUGUUGCUUACAGUCUUUGUAGUGUGUUACGUGCCCAAUAUUGUGAUAUCAAUCAUCCAUUUCAUCUUUAGUACCCAAUAUAAGACUGCUUAUGUGGAAUAUAAACUGUCUCUGGCUUUGAAUAGCCUUAAUUGCUGCUUCGAUCCACUUGUUUAUUUUUUUGGUUCCAAAGAGUUUCGACGAAAGAUACAGAAGAAGCUCUGCAGAUGCAUGCCUGAUAUAUUCAGUGAAACUGUCACCAUCUUUUCAGAACAAGAUGUGCCAAUAACAUCAAGAGAACACGCACCACAUAAUUAAAAAAUGUAUUUGAUCUGGAACAGAUUAUAUUAGUCAUUGCACCGAAUCAUCAUCCAGACAGUUUAGAAGUUGUUCUAUUUUAGAACAUAGAAUGUCAAGAGAUACAGAAAAGUACACCAGGCAAUAUAUUGCCACAACUUAUUCUGGAAACAUACCAGGCACUCAGGAAGGCUCAAUGUGCAUGGAAAAAGGCAUCUCUCUUAGCUUGCUCAAAACAAUGCAUUAUGGGACGUAAAUUACUAUAAAUUAGGAAUACAAGAAAUGUGUUAGUGUCAGGUACCUGCACUCCCUUGGAAUGUGUUUCUGGAACAUUUUCUAAAACCUGUUUCCCAGUUCAGCAUUUCUAAAGUAAAUAAUUGACAGCAAUAAAAUAAACACCACAUUUGUGAGGGGCAGAGGAAUAGCUGAACCUAAAAUGAUGCACAUCCCUUGACUUAGAAGUAAGCAAAGACUGGUGAUUAGCAUCUGUAAUAGGGGAAAAGCCAAAAGACAUGAAGACAAGGUUUAAUCUGGUCAUGCAAAUUUUAUUUCCUCUUUAUCAGUAUUUACUUGACUGGCAUAUUCAGUCUUAAAGCAUAAAGCUUAUGCUCCUUUUUCACUGACACUGCUUUGACAGGCCAUUUAUAGACAAGGCCCAUUUUACUAUGCAAUGUAUUAUACCUCACUUAUGUGGCAAGACCCAGCAAAGACGAGAACCCACCACCAGCAGCCUACUGCUACAAACCUUUCUGGUUUCAGAGACUGGUCUUGUACAGCCUAACCCAAACCCAUACCCAUGCUGCUGUCAUGGAUUGGCUGUAAGGGUACGUCUACACUGCAGUUAGACCCCUGUGACUGGCCUAUGCCAGCUGAUUCAGGUAUGCUGGGCUCAGACUAAGGGGCUAUUUAAUUGUGGUAUAGACUUCCGGCUUAGGUUGCAGCCCAGACUCCAGGAACCUGCGAGGUUGGAUGGUCCCAGAGCGCGGGCUGCAGCCUGAACCUGAACAUCACCACUACAAUUAAACUGCCCCAUAGCCUGAGCCCCAUAGCCUGAGUAACAGGCCAGCUGUGGAUUUUUAAUUGCAGUGUAGACAUAUCCUAAAUUCCCCCUCCCUUGGCGUUAUGCAGCAGCAACAAGAGCAGCUCAGAGUCAGGGUGGGGAAGGUCUCUUGUCAGGCAGAGCUUGUCUCAGGGGAGUUCUGAGCAGUGGUCUGCAGCUGAAGUGCUGUUAAAAUUCAAAGGAAACAGAUUUGCAAGUGAGACUUCUCUCCUUAGAAGCUCUGCAGCUGAGGAAGGCACCUGUCAUGCAGGGUUCCUGAGCUCUUCCUAUGCAGCAUCUCUGCCCUGAAAGGCUGAGUGCCUCCUGCUCCUACCACUUCUCCAUAUAUUUUAUUUUAUCUCCUCACUUGUUUUCUGCCCCCUCCCCCCACACUAUUCCAUCAGGCUUGCUGGCUGUCCAUAUAAAUUGUACAAAAAGGAAAUUAUGCAGCAGUAUAACCCCGUGGGCUAAUGCACUGUCCCGGGGAUCGAAGAAUACUUUCCAUUCACAGGAUUUUGGUCCUUUUUCUCCUAGGCUUUGGUUUUAUUUCUUCAAAAAUA